AUGACCGUUGUGGAGCAAGUCGAUAGUACGGAACCCCAAGAUGUGGAAACUAGCAACGACUCUACAAACAAUGUUGCAAUGACCAUACCACCCGCAGAUGGAGGAAAGGGAGCUUGGCUGUUCUUGGCUGGCUGUUUCGUCUUUGAAGCCUUAGUCUGGGGCAAAAGCUUUCCCUUCUCCUUUGGCGUCUUCCAAUCCUACUACACAACUCACCCACCAUUCUCGCUCUCACCUAAUGGCAUCGCUGCAAUCGGAACCUGCUCAAGCGGCGUCAUGUAUCUUAUUGCUCCCAUUACACUCUACGCUCUAGAAUACUACCCCUCUAUUCGUCGUCUCUCGUCAAUCAUGGGUCUCGCUAUUGCCGUUACGGCCUUGAUUGCAAGUAGUUUCGCUACAAAAGUUUGGCAGUUGAUUCUCACUCAAGGAAUCUUAUAUGCUAUCGGCGGAAGUCUUCUUUAUUCUCCAACAAUGUUUUACCUCGACGAAUGGUUCAUUAAGAAGAAAGGACUAGCAUUUGGAAUCAUGUGGGCAGGAGUCGGCACUUCAGGACUCAUAUUCCCCUUCCUCCUCUCCGCCCUUCUCACAACCCACGGCCACGCCACCACCCUCCGCAUCUGGUCCCUCAUCCUCCUCACCCUCUGCCUCCCCCUAAUCUACGCCGUCAAACCGCGUCUCCCCUUCAACGCCCGCCCCACUCCCCGAAGGCCCAUCUCCUACUCCUUCCUCCAAACUCGCACCCAUCUCUUCCUCCAAACAGCCAACAUCCUCGAAUCCCUCGGCUUCUUCAUCCCAGCCAUCUACCUCCCCUCCUACGCCUCCUCGCUGCACCUCCCGGCUUACACCGGCACCCUGCUCCUCGCGCUCUUGAACCUAUUUUCUGUCUUUGGCGCGGUGUUCUUGGGUCAUCUCUGCGAUAGGUUUCAUGUCACGACUGUGAUUCUCGUCUCGACGGUGGGUUCUACGGUCUCGGUGUUCUUGUUUUGGGGGUUUGCUACGAGGUUGCCGUUGGUGCUUUUCGUCGUUACGUAUGGGUUUUUUGCUGGGGGGUUUUCGGCUGUGUGGACGGGCAUGAUGAAUGAAGUCCGCCGGUCGGGAGACAAGAGCGCGGGGAUGGGGCAGUUGAUGGGUGUUUUUGCCGCGGGGAGAGGCAUUGGAGCGGUCGUUUCGGGGCCGGUAAGUGAGGUUUUGUUGAGUGCUAUGAAGGGGAAGGGAAUCGGAGGAGCAAGACUGGGAGGCUUUGGGGGCGAGUAUGGCGUUUUGAUCCUCUUUACGGGGGUGAGUGCUUUUUGUGGGGUGGUGGCUUUGGGUGUUAAGAGACAAAGGGUGAUGGAGGUUGAGGUUGAGGUUCAAGAGGGGACGGAGAUGGACGGUGUGGGUUGUUGA